AUGAAUAGAAGAAAAACAGUCGCAAAGGAAGCAGUAGUGGAUGUUGAAGAUCAAAUCAACUAGAAAGAAUAGAUGUUUGCAGUAUUGGUUUUAAGUUAUGAUCAGCCUGUCAUCUAAGUAUACAGAGAUAAUCUCAAUCUAACAGAUAUAUAAGUAGAUUCCAUUACCAGUAUCAUGUAAAAUAUAGAGAUCUUUAAAACUUGGUGUCCAGAAUCAAGUACAUUGUUUGAGUUCACUCGUUUAAUUUGUUAAAAUCUAUAGUAUGAAAGGAUUCAAAAAGAGAAUGCAGUAUUUCAUAUAGGUUAACAUUUACCUCUAUUUCAAGGUGAACAAGGAGACAAGUUCUACAUAAUCCUCACUGGAAGAGCAGGUGUAUACAUUCGUAGACAACAACAAUAAAUAGAAGCUGAAGAAAGUGCUAUGAUUCCAAAAAUCGAAAAAAUUCUUGAAAGACUGCAAAUUAAAACAAUUGAGGAAAUUGAAUAAGAUCAAAAAUUGUCCUUUUAUGAAAAACUUAUCAAAAAAUAAUCGAAACCAGUAAAGCAGAUAGAAGCAGAACUGUUAUUGUUAUAUGUUGGUAAUUUUGAUAUGUAUUUUACUAUUAAUGGAAUAUGUAAAUUCUAGUAAUUGUCACAAGUACAUUCUGGUCUCUAUUUUGGAGACAUGGCUUUGACAACUGAUAAACCUAGAGCAGCUAGCAUUAUUGCUGUAACCGAUGUCUAAGCCUUAUCACUUAAUAAAGCCAAUUUCAAAGUAUAAAUUAGUAUCUUAAAUAUUUAAAGAAAAUCUUUGAGAAGUAGAUCAAAACACAAUAAGAAAAAAUAGAUUAUUUUCUUAAAAUGUUUCCAACUAUGACGAAAUUCAAAAUGAGUAAACUGAUUAUGUAUUUCACUUAAUACAAAUAUCCAGUCAAUUAUACAAUCUGGAAAUAAAAUGAUAUUGUAGAUGGAUUUUUCCUCUUAAAGGAUGGAGAAAUCUAACUUUAAUAGACCGUUGAUUUUAAUCCACUUCUUAAAUCUGAAUAGAAUCAAAUUAUUUUGUCCCCUAAAAAAGAGAAAUCCAAUCAGAAAGAACUUCUUACAGUAUAAUUUUUAUUCAAUAUGUAGAUAGCUCAUCUUACAGGUGGAUGUUUUGUUGGUGAAACUGACAUUUAUUUGUAAAAUGAAAGAAGAGAUUACACUGUCAAAACCAUAACCCAGUGCAAUGUAUUUGUUUUACAAUUAGAUAAUUAUGCAAUUGUCAAGAAAUCUUUUCCUGAAUUUAUUAUACCUCUCUAAUCUCUUCAACAAAAAAACAUAGCUUUAUAUCGAAAAAGAUUAGCUGAUAUUGUUUAAACUAAAAUAUCUAAUACUAAUCUUAAUAAAAAAGAGGAAGUUAAAAAUAUUGAAAGAAGAUACAUCAAUGAAAUUGAAAUCAAAUAAAAAACAUAGAAUUCAGUCUAAGAACAAUCCUCGCCUAUUCUCAGAUCGACUUUAUAACCAAAAAUGACUAAAUAAUAAAUGGUUGAACAAAAUUUAUCAAUUGCAGAUUAACAUACAAAGUCUGAUAUAGCAACUGGUAAGAAUGAAGAAUUUAAUAUGCUAAAAAUGGCUGGAGAAAAUUUUUAAAAAUGUUUGAUUAUCCGAGUUGAAAAAUAAUUCGAAUAAUUUUAGCCGACCAAACCCAAGUAAUUAUUUUAAAUUUAUGUUAAGAAGCAAGACUCCUUAUUUUAGUAAACAUCAAAAGGAUAUUAAAGAUCUACUUGAAUAAAUUAGAAGACAUUAAUUACCUUCAGUUUAAUUAAAAGAACCAAUAGUAUUUAAUUAAUAACAAGAAGAAGAUUUAUAAAACAAUAAUCUGCCAUUCCUAACCAUGACUAAACAAUAACUAAGAAUAAUUAAUCCUUUAAUUUAAUAAAAAGUUGAAAUACUCAAAUAAUGUCUAAGUCGUUAAUCUCAUACAUCUAUUUCGAAAUCUAAAUCUUUAUGUUAAACAGCAGAUCAAUUUUAUAAAGCCAAGGCAUAACAAGGAUUUAUACUCUGUGAUACUCUCUUUCCUUACAAGCCGGUUCAUAGUACUAAAAAUAGUAAUAAUUAACAUUAUAGUAAUUUUAAAGUUGUCUAGAGAAAUAAGACAACACAAUAAAGUCAAAUAUAAAAAAGAUCAUGUCAAGACAUAACAGACACUAAUUUUUUUAGUUCUUAGCCUACAGUCUAAUUCACAUGA